AUGCUUGUAACGUUUUUUCCAAGCUUUUUUGUGUAUACACGCAUCCCGACCCAUUCCAAGUGCGUCCACAACCUUCAGGCUCUUGAGUGUGUUCCCGAGAAGAUUUUCACCCCGGCCUGCAUCAUUUUGGACGUAACCAACCGUGCGAUGUUAGCCGUCAACGGCUUGACGUUUUUCGUGGCCUCGGUCGGGAUUUUUUUCUCGGCCCGACUUUCUUAUUAUCUCCUGAAACCUCAACCUCACAUUUCUGCAAGAACGCGUGAACAACAGAAGAUUUUCUUCUACACUCUGUGUUGUCAGGUUAUUUUUUAAAAUUUUAAAAAGCGGAAAGUAGAAGCUUUUCAAAAUGUUUAUAGCUCAUUAUUCACGUUGAAAAAGUGCUCCACGGCUAAUAAAAAGAAAAAUUAAGCUAUCAGAUUUUUUUUCAAUUGAAACUUUGAAACUUUAUUCAGUCUUCAGAGAAGGUACUCCGCUGAAUCAUGGAAUAAUUGAAGAGUUGUUCGUCGGUUUGCGAAACUGUCGUUGGUCAAACGUAGACGGCGCGUAGAGCAUCUCGUCUUUCUUGUGAUAGUAGUAGACGACUUUCGAGCGUUUCCGACGAUCACUGCUUCUCCAUGCAGGAAAGGGAAUGUACGACAUUUCACAUAAUGCCAUUUCACAUAAUGACAAUUUACAUAAUGCCAUUUCACAUAAUGACAUUUCACAUAAUACGACAAUUCACAUAAUGACAUUUCACAUAACCCGACAGUUAACAUAAUACGACUCUUCACAUAAUGACGAUUCACAUAAUGCGACUUUUUCACAUAAUAACGUUUCACAUAAAGCGACUUUUUCACAUAAUGCUUUUUCAUGCUUUUUGCCUAGAGGGUUCUCAUAAUUUUUUUCAUGUAUUUAUUAUCUAUUAUCAGACCUGUCAUCGUACACUUUCAAAGUUGGAUGAGCCAUUGGAGAAACGCAAAAAUGAGCCAAACACGAAAACAAAAACGAAAAAUUGACGAAAAACUGAAACCUAAAACUAGUGACGACAACGCUGAUCGAGAGAAAGACAAAGAUUGAGUGGAAAAUCUAGCAGCCUUUAUAUAGGGAUAUGGGCGGAGCGUCAGAAAACACUAUAACAACAGAGAAGAACUCGUAUACACUUCGCAAAUAUUGAGACGACUCCUUCACCCCUUAGGCGCGAAGAAAAUGUGCGAGGACGAUAAGAGCAUGAUGUGUGACCUGGGCAGAAGCCGGUAUCAACGUCGUCAGUAUCGAGACGUUUCCUUCAACCCUCAGGAGCGAAAAAAAAUGUGCGAUGACGAGGAGAGCACGAUGUGUGACCUCUAUAUAUUUACCAAGUCACUCAUUUAG